AUGGUAAGGUACAGCAAGAAUUCCUGCACGGGCUACUGGGACGUUAACGAGCCCCCAGCAAGUGUGAAGGAAGGAGAUUGUGCUGCUGUACAGAAGAACGGUCGAUGGAAGGUUGUGUCAUGCCAGAGUCGUCUCCCUUUCUUUUGCAAAUCUCCGUCCUGUUUGGAAGGUUCGUUCGACUGUGGACGUGGACAAUGCCUGAACAACAAGUGGAAGUGUGACGGCAUCAACGACUGUGGCAACAACAGGGACGAGAUGGACUGCAGUUCAAACUGUACAUUUAUAAAGACCGGCGCCAGUGGCAGAAUCAACUACUUCAGCGGCUACGCCAACAACGCCGACUGUAUGUGGACCAUCAUCUCACCUCCUGGAACACAGCUUGGAGUCACGUUCAGCUCAGUGCGCCUGGAAGAUAAGGUGGAUAUACUGGAGGUGAGGGUUUGGGGCCAGACGAUACUGGACACCCGGGUGUUGGAGACACUGACAGGCAGCCUCAGCAACAAGGUUAUCUUCAGCACCAACAACAUGAUGCUGCUACGUCUUACAUCCGACUCCUCCGUUACAACAUUUGGCUUCGACCUCACCUGGUCGUCAUCUAACAAUAACCUCUCGACGGACGUCCGCCCUAUGACUGCUGGGUCUUCCUGGACAGACUUGACGUCGCCAUUCUUCCCCAGUACCCCACCCAGUGGUUUCCGACUUGAGUGGUUGGUGUCCAGCUCAGACAAUACAAUUGUCACACUCAUGGUGGAGGACGUUGACCUUGGCCCUGACUGGAUGCUGAUGGUCUACAAUGGGGAAGGGUAUGACGACUCACUGCUGAUGGCCUCCAGACGGACGGAUCUCUCUUCACCCGCCAUCUAUUUCUCCACCGCCAGUGAAAUUCGGAUUAUCCUGAAAGGGAAAGACACGUCUGGAGGGGGACGUGGCAUUAAGCUCAGGGUUAAGAAUGGAUGCAACGUUGAGAUACAAGCAGCUAGUGGCACAGUGACCUCUCCUGGAUUCAACAAGAAGAUAUACCCGACCUCUGUGACCUGUUCCUGGAAGAUUCAGGCGCCGAGUGAUGCGAACAGGAACCUCAUGGUCAAAUUCCUUUACCUCGUUCUGGAGACCGUUGGCAAGGAUCUAAUCGAGAUAUACAAUGGUUCCGACGCCUCGGCUGCAGCCCUCCACUCGGGCAGCGGCUACACCGGGAACCUAACGUCAUCUCUUCCCAGCGUCAACGGAGGCAACACUCUCUUCGUCAGGUUCAAGUCUAGCCUCAUCCAGGACGAGGGGGGUUUCCAGUUUGAGUUCUCAAUAGACUGCCCUACUAUUCCCUCCUCGGCCAACAUGGCGCAGUCAUCUGCCGCUACAGCCUAUCUGAGCUCUGUGACUGUCAACUGCAACACUGGAUACUCGUUCAAGCAGGAGGAAUAUUAUCAACAAGCUACUGUGUCUUUCCUUUGUGAGAAGGGAGGGAAGUGGGAUAAACCGAGAUAUCCUACCUGUCAGGUGGUGUACUGUGGAGCCCCGGAGGCCAUUGCGUUUGGUUUCGUGAAGAACUACAGUGGAAGUGUUAUGUAUAACAGUACAGCUGUCUAUGAAUGCUACAAUGGCUUCACGAUGCAAGGGACACCGGAAGUGACGUGUAGUACAUCCGGCAAAUGGCAGACGCUUCCCUCAUGUGAAUCUGUCACGUGUGGUGCUGCUCCUGAUGUGACGAAUGCUGAUUCCAACAUCAUCACGAAGACAGAUGCGACGUCCUACGGGGCAAUCGUGGAAUACAGGUGCAGGGCCGGCUAUGAGAUUAAAGGAUCCUCGCGCAGACUCUGCAACGCUACCAACGUGUGGAGCAAUACCGGCCCCACUUGUGAAAGGAUCAAAUGUCCACUCCCUGAAAUUUCAAUGGGCUCCCUGAACGUGGAGAAGCCAGCUGAUUUCGAGGACACGGUAACUCUGACGUGUCGGAAUGGCUAUUGGGCCUCCACUACAAACAAAACAGAAGCCGUCCUCACGUGUAAAGCAGACGGCAGAUUUGAGGAAGUCUCCUGCGUGGAUGAAGACGAGUGUGUCACCAAGUCCCCUUGCCUGUCUACACAGACCUGUAUGAACAAUGUCGGCUCCCACAAGUGUGUGUGCAGACAGGGCUACAGACCAGGGACUGCCGUGCAGUGUGAAGAUAUCAACGAGUGCAGUGACGGUAGCGGCGGCUGCCAGCACAGCUGCAACAACUCCGCGGGAUCCUACACCUGCACCUGCAAGGACGGAUACCAACUGUUUGAAAAUGGAACCAACUCGAAGUACAUCGUGGAAGGGGAGACUGGUCUCCGGAGACUUGACGUGUACCGUGUGAACCACUCGUGUGUCCGGAACACGUGUCCUCGUCCUAGUGAUGUCACCAAUGGCGUCCUGCACAGUGAGAAGCAGACCUUCUUCUACCAGGAUGAGAUUAUGUACAGCUGCAAGCUGGGGUUCUCCUUGAGCGGAGAUAAGACGAGGACAUGUCAGCCAUCUGGAACCUGGUCUGGAUCUGAUCCUACUUGCACAGCUGUUACCUGCUCAGCACAGACAAGCCAAGGGACGGAUGUCCAGAAGGAGAGGGCGGUUCGCAUUGUCCCGACAACUCCUGUUCCGUUCAAGGGCAAGGUGGUUAUAGAGUGCAGGAAGGAGGAUAACUCCACCUUCAACAAGACCCUCUACUGUGCCUAUGACAGCAAGACGAAGACAUAUACCUUACAAGGCGACUCCCCCAUCUGUCCAGUUGUUGACUGUGGACCUGUGGAGGACAUCGCUGGCCUUAACAAGCCGGACCUCGAGACGACAGGGUCAACGUUUGGGACGUACUUUGAGUUCAGCUGCAGUACAGGGGCGACACUAUCUGGGGUAUCGACUGAAAACUCCACCACUGUGAGAUGCCGAGAAAAUGGUCGAUGGGGAUUUGGUAACCUCACCUGCAAAGCUACGAAGUGCCCGGAUCCAGGUACUCCCGGGGGAUCGGAGCAAAUAUUUGACAGCUACGAGCAGGGCAAGGUUGUGGCUUACAGGUGUACAAGACCUGGAUUCACACCUUUUCCCGAUGACAACCGAACCUGCGUCUACUCAGACACCGCUAAGUCAACAUCGUGGACUGGAAAUAUUUCAGCGUGUGAAGAUACAAGCCCACCGGUGUUUGCCAACUGUGACGGUGACAGGAACAUCACCAUCUACAAGAUGCAGGUACCAAACAUCACCAUCCCCUCCGUUCAAGACAACUCUGGCUUUGUUAGCAUGAAAGGUUUUAUCCUUCCGCGUGGCUUCAAUCCAGCGGACCCAGUGUUGAGGAACACAGAAGUAACGUAUGAAGCCACGGAUGGUGCUGGUCGAAGAUCCCAGUGCAAGUUCCAGAUCAAUGUCACAGAAAUGGGCUCCAUGACCCUGGACUGUCAUCAUAUAACAUACAAUGUGACAUCAACGACACCCACCACUUACAACAUCGCCGACCAGAUCGCCCACAGCAGCGGAGCACUGACCUCUUCCCCCACAACCAACGUCAGUUUGUCCAAUGUGGGCACGUUCAAUGACUACAGAGUCACAGUGCGCAACGACCAGGGAUUUGAAAAGACUUGCGCCUUCCAAGUUCUGAUCAAAGCUGCAAAAUGUUUCCACGAGCUGACCAACAGUCUACAGAACGCUGACGUUCAUCGCUCCAGCAACAACGACAACAGCAUCCUCUCCUCUGUCGUCACCUGCACAAAUGGUCACGCCUUUCACGACGGCUCCACAAGUCGUACAUACAACUGUUCGGGAGAGAAUCUCUGGUCACCAUCUUUACCUCUCGAGGACUGUUUACCCUCCUCCAUCACCGAGUACACGUACAAGGUCAGCCUACACCUGAAGUCCAGGGACCUGGUGAACGCGACCAGUGCAUGCCGCAGUGACUUAGCAAAACUUUACAACGAUGUGAUAUCCCCCAAUGCAUCCGGCAUCAACAAUCUGUGUCCGAUUCAGGGAAAACUGAACGCCAGAUACCGCUUCAGUGUCGCCGAGGCCAUCUUUGUUGGUGUUCCCGCUCUCUUUGAUAACAUAUGUACACUUCAUAAGGUGGAACUUACGCUUAAACUGGAAAAUUACGAUGGGAAGAACACGGGUCCUGAACUUUGCGCCGGCAAUAUCAACCUACAGAAGACAGUGUUGUUUGGGCUGGGACCCGGAGAAUGUACCUUCACUGUGCAGGACAGUUCCACAGGUGUUAAUCUCACACGGUCCGGACAAUCCUGUAGUGUCGGGUACCAGCUGAGAGACGUCGGAGGAAGCAAGAAGUGUCUACCAUGUCCCCACGGAUACUCGUCGUCCCCCAGUCGAGGUUGUGUUGAGUGCCCUGACGGUCAGUAUCAGGACCAGCCCGGACAACCCUCCUGCAAGAGCUGUGGCAGCAACAUGUACUCACUGACCCCACGGACCAGCAGAGCAAGAUGUGUCAAUAAGUGUCGUCCUGGGUUCUUUUCUGCAACAGGGCAGCAGCCAUGUGAUGAGUGCCGAGAAGAUACGUACUGGGUGAACGCCACUCAUUGCCUACCAUGUCCAGAUGGAGGCUCCACCCUGUAUGUAGAGGGCACCACCAGCAUAUCAGCGUGCAGAGCACCGUGUCCCAGUGGUCAGUACUCCGUGACUGGCUACGCUCCCUGUACACCGUGUCCUCGCCAUUUUUACCAAGACUCCACAGCACAGACACGGUGUAAGGAGUGCGACACAGACCAGAUCACAGAACAGACAGGCUCAAAGACACUUAGUGACUGUAAACCCGGAAACACAACAAUUUGCUCAGAAGCGUGUUCUCAAAAUGGCAGGGACAACUGUACUUAUAUCUACCAUAGACUGGUGUGUUCCUGUCAACAAGGCUAUACCGGGGACAGGUGUGAGACUCAGAUCGACUACUGCAUGUCUAACCCCUGUCUGAAUGGAGCUACCUGUAAACCCAAACUUGGGGGAUUUGACUGCCAAUGUACUGCUGCCAGGGAAUGCAACAUGUUGGAGAACCUAGUUCUCUACAAUCCAGGUGUUGACCAUAUAAAACGUGUGCGCAAUUCCUCAUUUUCCAACUGCAGUAAUGAAUGCAUCAGUAACCCAGACUGUGUCGCUAUGGCUGUCUUCACCAACAACUACUGUGUUUUACUCAAUGAAGAACAGGCUAGCAAGAAAAGUACAGAUGGUCAAACCGAACGAUACUAUGAGAAAGAGUGCGAAACAAAGCCAUACUUCAGCGGCAAGUACUGCCAGACCGAUCUGAGGGAUGACUGCUCAACCAAUGACUGCCGUGACUACAGCGUGUGCCGGGAUCUGAUUGGUAGUUACCAGUGUGUGUGUCCCUCUGGCGGCCAGUACACACAACCACGUUGUGAAACGAAAAGCAACCCCUGCAGUGAUGACCCCUGCAACAACGGCGGCACCUGCGACUCCUGGGGGGACGUUCGGUAUCAGUGCACCUGUCUCCCUGGCUUCACGGGGGUUAACUGUGAGACGGACGUGGAUGAGUGUAAGGAGAACCCGAGUGGCUGUCUGUACGGCGGGACCUGUGUCAAUGGCGACAACACCUACUCCUGCUCGUGCAAACCCGGUUUCGGGGACGACCACUGUCAAAAUGAGACGGUCCUAUGUACAUCAGGGCGCUGCAGCAACGGACUCUGUAUCAACAAUUACGACAACGUCACUGCCGACUGCAUCUGCGAGGAGCCCUUUGAGAAAGCUUCCAAUGGCGAGUGUACCGAGAAGGACUUCUGUUCCCCGUCCCCAUGCGCCACCAACAACACAGAACGCUGUGACAAGCUGACCGGCGGCUACCGCUGUGUGUGCAAGUCCGGCUACGAAGGAUCUCUGUGUCAACACAACAUCGACGACUGUGCCAGCAAACCGUGCGUGCAUGGAACCUGUGUAGACAAAGUGACGACGUUCUCCUGCCAAUGUGACGCUGGCUGGACAGGUGAUAUGUGUGAAACUGACAUCGUGGACUGCACAGAUCAAUGUCACCAAGAACAGACAGAGCGCUGUGUGGAUCUGAGCCAGGACUACAGGUGUGAGUGUAAGCCGGGUUACACAGGUAAAAACUGCACGGAGAUGAUCAACGAGUGUGCCUCCCUGCCGUGUAUGCAUGGCGGCACCUGGGACCAGCUGGCCGACUACUCGUGUAACUGUACCCCUGGCUGGGAGGGCAAGAACUGCCAUAAUAUCACCAACACGUGCUCCGGCAUCUCGUGUCAGAAUGACGCCACGUGCUUCCCCGUGUUUGAAGACUACUUCUGCAGCUGCAAGAAGGGGACCCAAGGACGGCUGUGUGAAAACGCCCCCAAUUUGUGUGAUCUUGUCAGUCCGUGUACUACCCGGGGUACAUGCCAGCAGUCAGGCGGGUCGGCAACGUGUAACUGUACAUCAUUAUACAGUGGGAUGUCCUGUGAGCUGAUCAAGGAUACGUGUUCCGCCAAUGUGUGUAACAAUGGUGGCAACUGUUCUCUCGUCCAGCCAAUGGGCCACACGUGUAACUGCCCAGAAGGAUUCAGCGGUGAUUGCCAGACGAAGGACGAUGUUUGCAGCAACAAGUGUCCAUCUGGCACGACCUGUCUAAGCGAGGGACGCGAGACCUUCUGCCUGUGUACACCUCCACAGAUUCUCUCGGGGACAACGUGUAAAGACACGUCGCCAAACUUUGACCUGUACCUGGACAAUCGAUUGGUAUCCCAGGUUGUCCAGUCGUACAGCCCGUUCCAGCUUACAGGCGACCUGUCCAUCAUGUUCUGGAUCGGCUACCUCAACUCCGGCAGAUCAGUCGUGAUAUCCAACCUCGAUCGCAGUGAAAAGUAUUUCGAGCUGUUCCAAGACCGUGUCGAGUUUUUGGGAAAGGUGGUCAAUAUGAGUAUGGAAAAGGGAAAUCUUGAGACAGUCAAGGGCCAAUGGGAUCAUGUUGCAGCCACGUGGACAAGAAACGGGUCAACCAAUGUGUUUAUAAACGGAAUCAAAGUCAAAUCAGCAGAUAUUGAUGUUAACCUCACAGACAGCAACGGUCUGAAGAUUGUGUGGUUCGACCCAGCCUUCAGAGGUUACAUCUCCCGUCUUACUGUGUGGAGAAGCAUCCUAACUCACACUGAUGUGACAAAUGUGUUGGGGAACUUGAACUACCUUGGUGACCUUGCCCUUGGGUGGAACCGCUACAAGAUGGCGGGCGGAAGUAGAAUAUACGUCCCAAGCAAGGCUGGUCCGGGUGUUACUCUGUGCGAAUCGGGACGUGUCAUGGCGGAAAACUGCACUGGACAACCAGACAAGAAGAAGCCAGUUCUGAAGGACUGUCCAUCCAGCGACAUCGUGAGAAACGUAAGCAGCCGCGUCGUGGAGACCAUUGCCGUCUACACAGCGCCCUCUACAGACAGUAACGCCACAGUAUCCAGCACAUUCACAGACGAGCUCAUGAUGCGAGGCAGGUAUGAUAUUGUUUACGUCGCCAAGGACGGCCAAGGAAACACUGGAUGGUGUAGAUUCAAGGUGUACAUAACAGGAUCAAGCACAUGCAGCACAGAGGGCUUCUUGGCGACCACAACUUGUGGAGCAACUGCAGUUCGUGACUUCUGUCCCACCGGCCAAGCCCCUUCCAUCCCAACGCCAAAUAUUCUAAGUUGUGGCAAACUUGGGUCGUAUAAUCUGGACAAUCCUUUGGAGCUAUACACACCGCCUGCUUGUGGAGAUAAGAUAACCAAGAAGGAUGCUAGCAUCACACUGUCGCCAGACGAAAUCAUCAAGAUAACAGCGAUUGAAAGUGAUGAUUUGAGUGACGAGGCGUUCCGGGACAUCGGCCAGAGUAUGCUACAGAAGGACCUGGUGGAGGUUGUCCUUAAGGCGUCCUGUGAUGAAGCAGUCGGAACCAGCAGCUGUGUUGCUUGUGGCCCUGGGUCCUUCAACUCAACACUGGGCCAGUGUGAACUGUGUCCAGUAGGCACCUACUCUGACGCAUCUUCACAGACGUCUUGCAAGCCUUGUUCGGGAGGAAAGACCACUCUCAGGCCUGGUGGUAGGAUGCUAGCUAGCUGUGUCGACAAAUGUCCAGCUGGUCAGUACUUCCAAGGCAGCAGCUGUAGUCCAUGUCCACGUGACUACUACCAGGAGAAGGAGGGCCAGGCGUUCUGCUACCCCUGUCCCCUGCUCCAGAGAACCAGAGUGGCGGGAACAGACAGUGCUUCCAAAUGUUUUAAUGGCUGUCCUUCUGGCACCGAGUUGCAGGACGAUGGGUCAUGUAAGGACUGUGCGCAGGGUUACUUCAGGACGCGCAACGUACAAGACAGCUGUGAGAAAUGUCCGAGUGGAAAGACUACGGAAGGAACCAAAACGACCUCAUCGUCCGGCUGUAACUUACCUGAAUGUCCGCCCGGUAACUACAUCAAUGGCAGCAUGUGUACGAAAUGUCCAGUGGGAAGCUUCCAGCCAAAACCGCUACAGAGGAACUGUACCGCUUGUCAGAGCGGCUACUCAACUCAACACAAUGGGUCUAUGAAUGCUACUGACUGUGAAGCAUUCUGUGCAGCUGGCCAGCAGGUCAAUGGCAGCCAAUGUGAGCCGUGUCCAAGAGGAACCUGGAACGAUGGGUCAUCCCAGAUGCGGUUCUCGGCAUGUGAAGCGUGUUCUGAUGCUAAUUUUACAACAGAAUCAACUGGGCCACCAGUGCUACACAGUGCACACUGAGAAACUGUCCGCCUGGAUACAAAAUCGUUGACAGUGCUUGCGAGCCAUGUGGAUUUGGAGAGUACCAAAUCCACUUCGGGCACGGGCGAGUGUGUGAAAGUUAUUGGCACAGAUCUGAAUGACGUCUGACACCGGCUCUACAUCAAGAAGAUCUAUGCACAAUUUACUGUGGUCCAGGGAAAGCAAGGGAAUCAGAGGCAAAUGCGACCUUUGACCCGAGAACAAGUUCAAAAACCAGUCUGGAUUCUCUGUCUGCACGCAGAUGUGAUGGCAAAUGUGACGUCAGCAGAAAACAGAACAAUAUGCAACGCCACGUUCUGU